CCCACUGCCUCUUCACAACACACCAAGUUGCGAAAUAAACAAGUGCAGUGGUGCCGACGCUGUCCGGAUGGUUAAAUCCAACCUCCAGACGAUCCUGAAUAGCCAUUGUUUUGCCAGAGAAAAAGAGAGAAAUAUAUCCAAGAUGCCAGUAGUCGAAAUAACCCACAAUAAACCUGAAAUCAAAAGUCCCAGCAGGUGCCCUCGGUGUUGCAGUAACCCGUGUCCAGGGCCUCUGUGGUGUUCCGAUGCCCCUCUCCCACCCCUAAAGAUCCCAGGUGGGCGAGGGAACGAUCAGAGGGAUCACAGUCUUUCAGCCAAGUUAUUCUAUUCUGACACUCGGUUGCUGGUCCUUGAGGAGCCUCCACCUUUGAACAGCCGUGUGCGUUUUCUGCUCUUUGAGCGGCGUAGUUCGGAGAUCAAGCCUGUGGUGUGGAGGGGGUCGCUGGUCGGGGUUCGGCUUUACGUCGAGAUCCCCCCAGGAGCUCUUCCUGAAGGAAGCAAGGACAGCUUUGCACUCUUGCUAGAAUUUGCAGAGGAGAAGCUUCAGGUUGAUUACGUUUUCAUUUGCUUCCAUAAAAAUCGUGACGACAGAGCAUCGCUGCUGCGGACAUUCAGUUUCCUGGGCUUUGAGAUUGUGAGACCGGGUCAUUCACUCGUCCCAUCCCGCCCUGAUGCUUUCUUCAUGGCUUACAGCAUGGAAAGAGAAUUGGACAAUGAUGAAUAAUACCCAAUAAACCAUCGCUUCAGUACCUUGUGCUCAUUCAUUCCAAUUUUUCAUUAGUAAAAUAAUCCUAAACUAUAUCUGUGACAUGCAUUGAUGUUUCUUGUGAAUCCUUUCAUAGUUUUUAUACAAGUGGUGCUGUCAGUUUGCAUUAGUGAACCUUCCACUUUAAAUCAUUAGGAAAUCACAUUCACACACUGCUCAUUAGUCUAAUAAUUAUGGAUAUAAUUCCCAUGCAACCAAUGUUAAAUAAGUUUGUUUCCUUCCUGAUUUGUACACUUAUUUUCCUCUGUUACUGUGUGCAUGACUCAAAGUUUUGUUUUUUUUUCUUCCAACUUCAGUUGAAUUAAUAUACAUAAUGGAAGAAAUUAGAGAAUAAAAUUUCACCCUGUGUCCUGGUUUAACUUAACUUGAUACUGCUGGGAAGAGUUGUUUUUCCUCUCAUGCUGAUAGCAGUUCCAGUGUUAUAAAUGAGUAAAAGGUUUAAGUAUCAUCAAUAAAGGUGGCUAAAAUACUG